AUGGCACCUUACGAUGCACUGUAUGGUCGUAAGUGUCGCACUUCUUUAUGUUGGGCUAAGUUGAGUGAGCGACGUGUUUUGGGUCCUGAGUUGGUUUCCGAGACGGAAGAUAAGGUUCGACUGAUUAGGGAUCGGCUGAAGGCAGUUUCUGACAGGCAGAAGUUUUAUGCUUAUCUGAAGAGACUUGAGAUUGAGUAUUCUAUGGGGGACUUCAUUCGCUUAUCAGUUAGAGCUACCUCGGAAUUGGAUUGCAUUCAUGAUGUGUUCCACAUCUCAAUAUUGAGGCACUACUACUCUGAUCCCACACAUAUUGUUCCGGUUGAGAAGAUUAAGGUUAGGCCAGACUUGACAUUCGAGGAGGAGUCGGUUCAAAUUCUAGAGCAGGACGUAAAGGUUCUGAGAAGGAAGUCUAUUCCACUAGUUAAGGUUCUGUGGCAAAAUCAUAGUCUAAGGAGGUCACGUGAGAGCCUGAGGAUGCGAUGCGGCAGUAGUAUCCUUGUCUUUUCUGAUCAGGUACGGAGGCAACGUGGUGAGGGUAGCUGGCGCGUACGGAGGCUGCUGGUGGUGUCGACGUGGAGGCACUAG